AUGGACUCCAAUGCGCGGUCUGGAUCGGCCAGGGUCGCAUGGCCGCCCAACGCCAUGCUCUCGACCAGCUCCUACCGUUCGGCCAUUUGCGCUGCCAAGUGGCAGACGGCCUUGGCUUUGCUUCGGGAGAUGCAGCGGGCAGACCUGGGCGACCUUGUAUGUUACAACGCCACCAUUGGCAAGUCGGGCUGGCAGCUGGCCUUGUCGGUGUUCUCUGAGAUACCAAGGCGAUCCUUGCAGAGAGACGCCAUCAGCUACAACAGCGCCAUCACGGGAAGCGACUGGCAGACGGGUCUGGCGCUGGCGAUGGAGGCGAAGGAUCUGCGGUGCGCCGAUGUAGUCACCUGCAACUCCGCCUUGCGCAGCUGUGGCGCGCAGUGGCACUUGGCGCUCAGAGUGCUCAGCGCCUUUGUCCAAACGGUGCAAGCGGAUGUGAUCACCUACAACACGGUGAUCAGCUCCUGCGAGAAGGCCGGUGAAUGGCAGCUGGCUUGGGCCCUACUGGCCACAAUGCAGGCGGAGGUGCUGGAGCUGGACGUCAUCAGCCUGAGUGCGUGCGUCAGCGCCUGCGAAGCAGGACAGCAGUGGGAGACGGCGCUUUCCUGGAUGAGCUUCUGUUUCUCAACUCUGACGGCGAGCAUCAUCACCUGCAAUGCCGCCAUCGGCGCUUGCAGCGCCGCAGCGCAGUGGCAGCACGCGCUGAACCUCUUCAACGUUCAUGAAGCAGUUUGCAAUCACGACCUGGUCGCUGACAUGAACCUUGGGAGAGGAGGUCGGGCUACGCAGGAGCAUCAUCACCUACAACACCACCGCUAG